CAUGGAGGAAAGUUUGACUUCAGUGUGCAGAGAGAGAGUUAAUGCGCACGCGCGCGCGCUGGGGUGCCGUAAAAGCCUUGCCAAUGUCUUUCUAAACCAGGACCAUGUUACGACAAAGAGAUCGGAUCGAUCAGACUAGCUGAGAACCAGCGGAUGAUUUGAAAUUUACUGCAGUAUCGGAGAGUGCUGCCAUGAAUCUACAUAAAUAAUGCCUGAUGGAUCCCAGGGUUUUAACUAUAAGACUGCUCUGCAAAUUUACUGGCAGUGUUCCAGGCUGUUCUCUCAGCUGAUAGGAACGUGGCUGUGAAACAACAGACGUUGGCCAUGUGGACUGAAAUAUGAAGACAUUAACUCAAAAGAUAGGUCUGCCACUGAUUAAAUCAGAAAAUCAGAAUUCUCCUUUCUUUCCUCUUAUUUCUGUGACUUCAUGAUGCCCUCCCUGUGACCCCUGACGCUAAAAAGCAGCUGGAAAUACAAUCAAAACUUAAAGGACCAACUGGAAUAACCAUUCCUGCUGUUUUACUUCUCAGGCAACAAUGAUUCUGGAUUGUAAAUAAGUCCACAGAUUAAUUUCACAACCUCUGCAACUCAGUGGGAAAGUAGACGAUCAAUAACAAGUUCUGGGUUCAUCAUGUGAAAGACUGAAGUAACUCUCUAGCACUGAAUACAUCACUUUUCAUCCUGCUGAGCAUUGAAAAGGGUCAGGUCUAACCAUGCUGCUGAAGAAAAAGUUGUGCAUCGGUGCCUUGUUCUGCGGCGUCCUGUUUUUUAUGAUCGCCUCUCACUCCAUUCAGAACAGCUUCAAGCGUGACAUGCUUGACGCUGCUCACUGCACUGCCAAGACUCUGAGAAAGACACAGACUCAAACCAAGACUGUAACCGAGACAAGUCAACAUCGAUCAUGUAGCUGCACGACUUGCAUCAAAGAUUCGGUCGUUUCGGAGUGGUUCAACCAGCGCUUUGACUAUAAGCAGCAACCGUACCUUACUGCUGAAGAAAAUCAAAUAGAUCCAGACUCAUUAAAGUGGUGGCUGGGUUUGCAGCAAUCAGCAAAUCAGUCCAUCAGUGAAAUAAUUGAAAAGAUGUUUACAGUGAUUUCUCAUCCUGUGAAAAGUAUACAUCAGCCAAGUCAGUGUCGGAAGUGUGCUGUGGUUGGAAAUUCAGGAAAUCUGCUGCAGUUCAAGUAUGGACAUAUGAUAAACUCACAUUCCAUUGUCAUCCGGAUGAAUAAAGCUAUGACAUCGGGUUUUGAGCAGCAUGUAGGGAACAAGACCACUCACCACAUCAUGUACCCUGAGAGUGCUGUGGAUCUGGCACCUGGCGUCCAUCUUGUCCUCCUACCCUUUAAAAUGAGAGACCUUGAGUGGGUGACCAGUGCCCUUUCAACUGGAGAAAUCAAAAGGACCUACAUGAGAGUGAAAGAAUUUGUGCAGGCGGAUAAAGAUAAGGUGAUUGUGGUGAACCCAAGCUUCUUUAAGUACACUCAUGACCGCUGGACCGAGCACCAUGGCAGAUACCCCUCUACUGGCAUGUUGGCCAUCGUGUUUGCUCUGCACGUCUGUGAUGAGAUCUCAGUGUUUGGUUAUGGGGCAGACUCACAAGGAAAUUGGCAUCACUACUGGGAGAACAACAAGUACGCCGGAGCCUUCCGCAAGACGGGUGUGCACAGUGCUGAAUUUGAACGCGAGAUCAUUCUGAAAUUGGACGCAGAAGGCAAAAUUAAACUCUACCCAAAGGUGGAGAGUAAGGCUCCUAAUAACGUGAAAUGAAUGGAUCAUGGCCACAUAAGUGUACGAUGUAUUGACGUCGAACCAAAGAAGAGCCACAAUCAGCUGUGAUCCACCCAGCUAUUAACUAACCACUGUGAGUUACGCUGAACCAAACCCACUGAUAACAAGCUGUAUUCUCUCCAGACCAAACAAUCCUUUAUUAUUUUUUAUUAUUAUUAUUAUUAUUAUUAUAUUAUUAUUAAAUGCUCUAUUGUUACUUGCCUUGUGUUAAUGCUGAACCAGUACUUGUGAAACUCCUGAAGCUAAGGAAAUUGAGCAUAUAAAAGUAGAUCUGGGGAGCAGCUUCAGGCUGAUUUGUCCACACUGCGCUACAACUAAACAGCCUUAUAGACACUGGAGAUUUAAGAGAUGUUCAUUCUUAGACUCGGUGUAAAUGGCAAAGACCAAAACUAUGUUUGAAACUUAGAUAACACUUUUUACUGAAACUGACAGCAAAAUGUAGUUUGUGGUACAAUUAAUGAAUGUCUACAGAAAUUGACUUUAAAUUUGUAUUUUUAUGCUAUGGUCCAUUGUUGCAAAUGGAAAAUGACUUUUUUUUUUUUUUUAUAUAUGCGUGGUUUUGUGGACCGUUCUACAUCAUGGAUGGUAAAAGGAAAAGGUCGACUUUUGGAGCUGCAGUGUCUUUUCCACACUGACCUCCUGGAACCAAGGGGGUGAAUAUUUAUGCAAGGCAUUGUUGAAGUAAAUCAUAAAUGAGGUUUUAAAACUUCAGCUGUUUUUAGCAUUGGGUCAUCAAUCAGAGGCCUUUCCACAGCAGCACUGAUCAAACAGAAGUUUUCACUUUAGUCAGUUUCCUCACUGAUAUUUCAGUCACAUGCAUAUGAACACUUCCUGUCUUUCUUAACAGGUGAUUUUUUUUUAGUAAUAAGUGGGAUGUCUGAUUGUUAUCAUGGGAAAUGAAACCGGGGUGCUCAAAGUCACUGGGUUAUAAUGCAGUUCAAUUCAUCUCCUUCAGAUUGGUGAAAAAGCUUAAUUUUUAGUUUUAUUUCAGUUUUUCUUGCCAAGUUUCCUCUGUUAUAUGACUGUGGUUUAAUGUGUGAUGUUAUGUUUAUGAAUGUGUUAUGGUUUUUGCUGCCCUGUGUCAGAUAAGUGUUAUUACUGUGGUCGACUGAGACUCAAAGUCUUGCCUUGAGCACAAAUUGACUUAAAAGAUAAUCAUUCCAUAGAGAUGGAAGAAUAGAUAAGAUUGCGUAUUAGAUUUUGUACAUGCAUGAUGAUAAAUCAGUGGACAUGGUCGUUUGUUUCCAUAGCAUUAUUAUUAUUCAAAAAUCACAUAUUCAAAAUGAUAAACAAUAGCAGUUAUAAAUCGAAUAGCAAAAGAGAGAUAUCGGUCAUACAGAUUGCUAUGACAUUUGUUUUACAUAAAUUAAAUAGUUUUUUUUUUUUUUUAAUUAUCAUCAUUAUUUCAGCUGUACUUUAUCAAAGACUUGAAGGAAACAGCAAACAGAAACAUAAUUUUCAGUUGUUAAUUCUGUGUGUUUAGCAUCACAGACCUUACCUUGUACUCGAGUGUGCAAGUAGAAAAAUAAAGACAUAAAUCAUU